AUGGCCGAAAUCCAUACCCCGAUCCCAAACCUCAAGCUCAACGAUGGCAAUAGCAUCCCAAUGGUAUGACUCCUCCACCGUCGCACCGAGUUCGUCAAGCUGACAGUCACACGAAGCUUGCAUACGGUACGGGCACUGCCUGGUACAAGAGCGGCGACGAAUCCAAGCUCGAUCAAACCUGCAUCGAUUCCACCAAGACCGCCAUCAAACUAGGCUACUACCACCUCGACGGCGCCGAAGUCUACAAGACCGAGACAGAACUCGGAACGGCAAUCAAGGAGUCCGGUGUCUCCCGGGACAAACUUUUCUUGGUAACCAAGGUCAUCACCAACAUCGCCGAUAUCCCAUCUGCUCUCAAGACCAGCCUCAAGAAGCUCCAAACCGACUACGUGGAUCUCUACCUCAUCCAUGCUCCGUUCUUUAGCGAGAGUAAAGAAGAGCAACAAGCCAAGUGGAAGCAGAUGGAAGAGGUCAAAGAAAUGGGGUUGGCGAAGAGCAUCGGCGUGAGCAAUUAUCUCCCGGAGCAUCUGGAGAUGAUUCUGGAGAAUUGCAAGGUUCCGCCUGCGAUUAAUCAGAUUGAAUUCCAUCCUUACUUGCAGCACCCAGAGUUGUUGAAAUAUCACAAGGAGAAGGUGAGUCUCCUUCCUUAUAACUACAAAGGAGACUUGGACUAAUUCGUCCUUACAGGGAAUCGCCACUUCAGCAUACGGACCGCUCACUGCCGUUACCAAGGCUGCCGGUGGCCCUGUUGACGAUUACUUGAACAGCUUGGCGAAGAAGUAUGCUGUCAAUCCUGGCGAGAUCUGCUUGAGAUGGUGCAUUGACCAGGACAUCGUUGCCAUUACAACUUCGAGCAAGGAGCAGCGGUUGAGCGAUUACUUACGGGCAAUGACUUUCAAAUUAACACCAAAAGAGAUUGCACAGGUGAGUUAUACCGGUGUUCCUUGACAGCAAGCAACUCACUGACAGGUCGGAUAGAUCAACGAGCUGGGCGCCAAGAAACAUCUUCGAGGGUUCUGGAACCACAAGUACGCCGAGGACGACCGCAGGUAA